AUGCAGUCCACACUCUUCUCUCCCACUUACACAGUUAUCCCCAAUUCGCCGCAAUCUCUCAGAUCCCAUUCUCGUUCAUGUUCUCUCUCCGUCCGAGCCUCCAUCGCGGUGGACGCUGCCACCGAUGCGCCCAAGCUCAAUAAGUACAGUUCCCGCAUCACGGAGCCCAAGUCGCAGGGCGCGUCUCAGGCCGUGCUCUACGGCGUCGGACUCUCCGAGGAGGACAUGGGGAAGCCGCAAGUCGGCGUCUCCUCGGUCUGGUACGAGGGUAACACUUGCAACAUGCACCUCCUCCGCCUCUCCGAGGCCGUCCGAGACGGCGUGGCCGCCGUCGGCAUGGUGCCGUUCCGCUUCAACACCGUCGGCGUCAGCGACGCCAUCUCCAUGGGUACCAGAGGUAUGUGCUACAGCUUGCAGUCUAGGGACCUCAUUGCCGAUAGCAUCGAAACCGUUAUGGCUGCGCAGUGGUACGACGGUAACAUUUCCAUCCCCGGCUGUGACAAAAAUAUGCCAGGUACUAUCAUUGCCAUGGGCAGGCUCAACAGACCUAGUAUUAUGGUUUAUGGCGGGACUAUAAAGCCUGGUCAUUUGCAGGGCAAUACGAUUGACAUAGUGUCUGCCUUUCAGUGCUAUGGAGAAUAUGUGAGUGGAUCAAUUAGUGAUGACCAAAGACAAAAUGUUCUUCGUAACUCUUGCCCUGGUGCUGGGGCCUGUGGUGGCAUGUAUACAGCCAAUACCAUGGCUUCUGCAAUAGAAGCUAUGGGAAUGUCUCUUCCCUAUAGCUCAUCUACACCCGCUGAGGAUCCACUAAAGUUGGAUGAGUGUCGGUUAGCUGGGAAAUAUCUACUGGAGUUACUGAAAAUGGACUUGAAGCCCCGAGAUAUCAUCACUCGUAAAUCACUACGUAAUGCAAUGGUUAUAGUUAUGGCACUUGGUGGAUCUACUAAUGCUGUGCUACAUUUAAUUGCUAUAGCCAAGUCUGUUGGCAUUGAUUUGACUCUUGAUGAUUUUCAGAAGGUUAGCGAUGAGGUUCCGUUUAUUGCAGAUCUUAAGCCUAGCGGCAAAUAUGUCAUGGAAGAUGUUCACAAGAUUGGAGGGACCCCUGCAGUUAUCCGCUACCUUCUUGAGCAAGGCCUUUUAGAUGGUGACUGUUUGACUGUCACUGGAAAGACCCUCACUGAAAAUGCAGAACUUGUUCCUCCGUUCUCCAAAGGGCAGGAAGUGAUAAGGCCAAUAGAAAAUCCCAUCAAGAAGACUGGUCACAUUCAAAUAUUAUAUGGAAACCUUGCACCACAGGGUUCUGUCGCUAAAAUUACUGGGAAAGAAGGGCUGUACUUUUCUGGUCCUGCACUUGUGUUUGAAGGAGAGGAGGCGAUGAUUUCUGCCAUUUCAGAAAAUCCUUCAAAUUUUAAGGGGAAAGUGGUUGUAAUCAGGGGAGAGGGACCUAAGGGUGGUCCAGGCAUGCCUGAGAUGUUAACGCCGACAAGUGCAAUAAUGGGUGCAGGGCUUGGAAAGGAAGUUGCAUUAUUGACUGAUGGAAGAUUUUCAGGAGGUUCACAUGGAUUUGUGGUUGGCCACAUAUGCCCUGAAGCACAGGAAGGUGGUCCAAUUGGCUUGAUAAAAAAUGGAGACAUAAUCAAUGUUGACAUCCAGAAGAGGAGAAUUGAUGUUUUGGUAUCUGAUGAGGAGAUGGAGGCUCGCAGGGAAAAGUGGACUGCUCCGCCAUAUAAAGCUAACCAAGGAGCUCUGUACAAGUAUAUUAAAAAUGUGAAGUCUGCUUCUAGCGGAUGCGUGACAGACGAGUAG